UAGGGUGCCCGAGGUUCAGGGUGUUGGGGUACCCUGGUUGCACGGUGCGGGGGUGCUGAGUGCGGGGGUGCCCUGGCUACACGGGGCGGGGGAGUGCAGUGUGUUUGGUACAGGGUGCCUGGGCUAUGGGGGUGCAGCGUGUUGCAGUGCCCAGGGUGCAUGGUGUGGGGGUGCAGGGUGCUGGGGUGCAAGGGGUUGGGGUGCCUGAUUGCAGAGUGGGGGGUGCAGGGUGCUGGGAUACAGGGUGCCCAGGUUCACGGUGCUGGGGUGCCCGAGGUGCAGCGUAUUGGGGUGAAGGGGUGCUGAGUGUUGGGGUGCACAGGGUGCUGGAGUGCAGGGUAUUGGGGUGCUGAGUGUUGGGGUGCACAGGGUGCUGGGGUGCAGGGUUCUGGGAUGCCCGAGGUGCAGGGUGUUGGGGUGAAGGGGUGCUGAGUGUUGGGGGUGCACAGGGUGCUGGGGUGCAGGGUUCUGGGGUGCCUGAGGUGCAGCAUGUUGGGGUGCAGGGUGUUGGGGUGCACAGCAUGCAAGAUGUUGGGGUGCAGAGUGUUGGGGUGCCCAGGGUGCAUGGUGCAAGGGUGUUGGGGUGCACAGCAUGCAAGAUGUUGGGGUGCAGAGUGUUGGGGUGCCCAGGGUGCAUGGUGCAAGGGUGUUGGGGUGCUGCGGUGCAGUGUGGGGGUGCAGGGUGCUGGGGUGCUGAGAUGCCCUGGUUGGGCACCCUGUGGGGGUGCAAAGUGUUGGGGUGCCCGGGGUGCAGUGUGGGGGUGCAGGGUGCUGGGGUGCUCUGAUUGCAUGAUGCAGGGGUCCAUGGAGUGGAGGGGUGUUGGGUGCUGGGGGUUUGGGGUGCUCAGGGUGCUGUACAGGAUCUGAGUGUGCGAGGGGGUGGAGAAGAGCAGGGGGGAGUGUGAGUGUGAGUGUGGGUGUGAGUAGGAGUGUGAGUGUGAGUGUGCACACGUGACGUUGUGACACCCCCACAUGACACAUGUACAGAGACACCCUCCCCACACACAGACACCCCCACACAGACACCCGUACACAGACACCCCCACACAUGGACACCCCCACAUGGACACCCAUACACAAUCACCCCCACAUGGACACCCCCCCAUGGACCCAUGGGCACCCCCACACUGCCACCCCCAUGUGACACACCUGGGGACCAGCGGUGACAAGGACGUGGGGGUGCCGGGGCGGGGGGGUCCGUGGCGCGGUGGCAGCGGGGGGGCAGUGACAGGUCCCUGCGUGCCCCAUGAGCCCCCGUCACUUUGCAUCCGUCCCAGCCGCCACCGUGACGUGCCCCGAUGUGACACCACGGAGACAGGCCUUGUCACAAAGAUUAGGGACCUGGCACCGCGCUGGGACGGGGGGGCAUCCUGCUCGUGGGGUGGCACUGGGUAUGGGGACACUCCUGUCCCCCUCCGGGAAUGCUCCUGUCCCCAGGAAUGCUCCUGUCCCCAUGGGAUGCUCCUGUCCCCACUCAGGGAUGCUCCUGUCCCCAGGGAUGCUCCUGUCCUCAGGGAUGCUCCUGUCCCCAUGGUAUGCUCCUGUCCCCCUCCGGGGAUGCUCCUGUCCCCAGGGAUGCUCCUGUCCCCACCCAGGGAUGUUCCUGUCCCCACGGAUCCUCUUGUCCCCAGUCAGUGAUGCUCCUGUCCCCAAAUAUGCUCCUGUCCCCACUCAGGGACACUUCUGUCCCCCCAGCCCCAAGGGAUGCUCUCAUCCCCAGGGAUGUUCCUGUCCCCAGGGACGCUCCUGUCCCCACGGAUCCUCUUGUCCCCACUCAGGGAUGCUCCUGUCCCCCCAGCCCCCAGGGAUGCUCCUGUCCCCACCAUGGGAUGCCUCUGUCCCCAGGGAUGCUCCUGUCCCCAAAUAUGCUCCUGUCCCCAGGGAUGAUCUUGUCCUCCCACGGGGUGACUCCUGUCCCCACCCAGGGAUGCUCUUGUCCCCAGGGAUGCUCCUGUCCCCGCAGGGAUGUUCCUGUCCCCAGGGAUGCACCUGUGCCCCCUGGGGUUGCUCCUGUCCCCAGGGAUACUCCUGUCCCCACUCAGGGUUACUUCUGUCCCCCCAGGAAUGCUUCUGUCCCCAGGGACGCCCCUGCCCCAAAUAUGCUUCUGUCCCCAUCCAGGGACGCCCCUGUCCCCGCCCAGGGACACUCCUGUCCCCAGGGAUGCUGCUGUGCCCUCCCAGGUGUGUUCCCGUCCCCAGGGAUGCUCCUGUGCCCCCCCAGGGGUGCUCCUGUCCCCAGGCAUGCUCCUGUCCCCAGGGACACUCCUGUCCCCAGGGAUGUUCCUGUGUCCCCCAGGGAUGCUCCUGUCCCCAUCCAGGGAGGCCCCUGACCCCCCCAGGGGUGCUCCCGUCCCCAGGGAUGCUCCUGUCCCCGGGGAUGCUCCCGUCCCCAGGGAUGUCCCUGACCCUCCCCGGGACGCUCCUGUCACCCACGGGGCUCAGCUGCCGACCUCCAGGCCCCAGGAUCGGGGCCGAUCUCGGUGCUGCCACCUCCCUCUCCUGUCACCGUCCCCAACUGUCCCCCCGGCAGAGCCACCCUGGCUGCCACCGGCCCCGUCCUGCCGGGGACACCGGGGCUGGGGCGGUGCCGUGGGGCGCGGUGAGCUAUGGGGUGGGUCACAUCCCGUGGGGCUGGAUCAGUGCCAUGUGGGGGGGCAUAUGCCGUGGGGUUGGAUCGGUGCCGUGGGGCCAGCUGUGCCGUAGGGUGGGCCUAUUGCCAUGGGGCUGGCUGUGCUGUGGGGUGAGCCAUGCACCGUGGGGCUGGAUCGAUGCCAUGGGGCUGGAUUGAUGCUGUGGGGCUGGGUGAGUGGGGAGGGUGGAUCAGUUCUUUGGGGCUGGAUUGAUGCUGUGGGGCUGAGUGAGCCAUGGGGCUGGGUGAGCCAUGGGGCCGGGUUGAUGCUGUGGGGCUGGAUUGAUGCUGUGGGGCCGGGUGGGUCAUGGGAUGUAACGGUCCCCUCUGCCCUCUCCGCAGCGCUGCUCCCGGUGCCCGCGCUGUCCCCCAUGUCCCCGCUGUCCCCAAUGUCCCCGCCGGGCCCGGGGGCCGCCCCCCGCCUCCUGCUGGCCCUGCUGUGUCUGACCCCCCCGACCACCGCCCCCCCGGUGCCCCCCAGCGCCGCCCCCGCCCCCCGCAGCGCCGCCCCCCCCGUCCUGUCCCUCAACCUCGGCCUCAACUUCCAGAUCAAGAUGCGAAGCCAGAACCCCCCCCGCCCCCUCCCCACUAAGGACCCCCCCCCAUCGCCCCCCCCCAGCACCCCCACGCCCCCCCCAUCGGGCUCGGGCUGGCCGGACCCCGAGGACGAGCCGGGUUCGGGGACUCCCCCGGAGGAAUCGGGGGGCUGGGGGGGGGACAAGCCCACCCCCCCGGGCCCCCCCCGCGCCAAGGAGCUGGAGCUGGACAUCGCCAUUGACCUGAGCGCGGGGCUGGAGCCCGAAGCGGGGGGGGAGGCAGCGGGGGGGUCUGUGCCCCCCCCCACCCUCCUGCGGGGCCCCCCCCGCCCCCCCCUGUCCCUCCUCCCCGGCAUCGCAGAGCUGAUCGAGAAAAUUGGCACCGCCGGGUUCCUGGUGCCCCCCCGGGUCGAUAACGGGACCCAGGAGCUGGAGUUGGGGGGCAGCGGCGCGGAGCCAGAUCCCCCCUCCGGCCACGAACCCUCCCGGGGCGGGGUCGCCCCCCCGCCCGCCGCCGCCUCCGCCUGCAUACCCGGAACCACCUGCACUUCGGGGGGGGCGGACCCGCUCGGGGCGGGGGGGUCGGACCCUCCCCCUUUUCCGUGGCCCCCCCACCUAGUGUCCCUGAGCACCAGCUGGGCCGCGGCCGCCGCCGCUUGGGGUCCCGCGUGGGCCGCGCACGUCUACGGCGCCGCCGCCCUCUUCGCUUUCCUGGCCUUACUGGGAGCGCUGGUUUUACUGGGGGGGAGGCGCCCCCCCACGGCCCGCGUGCUGGGGGGGCUGCUGGCGGCGGCGGGGGCCGCUCGCGCCUUCCCCCUUUUUUACGACCCCUAUGAGCGGGGGGGCCGCCUGCCCCCCCCCGCCGCCCGCCUGCUGUUCGAGCUGCCCUUCCCCUGCCUGGGCUGGGGGCUGGCGCUGGGGCCCCCCCUUUUGGGCCCCCCCCCCGCGCUGCCCGGCCUCCCCCGUGGCCGUUCUAGGGGUGCUGCACGCGGGGGGGGUGCUGGGGGCCGUGCUAGGGGGGGGCGCCCUGCCCCGCUGGCCGUGGCUGCUCCUGGUGCCGCGGGGGCUCUUUGUCACCUUGGUGGUGGCUCUGGCCAUCGGGGGGGUCACCCGCUGCCCCCGCGCCAAGGGGGGGGCGGGGGGGGCCGGCAGGAGGGCGGCGCUGGGGGUGGCGGGGGUGGGGGCGCUGGCCAGCGCGGGGUUGCAGGUUUUCGGGGUGCUGCAGGGCUUGGGGUGGGGGGGGACGCCCCCGCCGGGGCCCUGGGGGUGGUGGGGGCUGCAGUUGGGGUGUCGCGUUGCCGAGGUCACCGUGGGGCUCCCCCUCGCCGCGCUGGCGCUGGCGGCGCCCCCCCCGUCCCACGGGGACCCCCCCGGGGAUCCCCCUAACGGCUGCGCCCGCCGCGGGGGGAGCGAAGUGGCGGCGCUGAGCGGGGGACCCCACGAUGGCACCGAUGGCGACGGAGACCCCACGGCCGGUUACCGGCCCCCCUCGCCCAUCGACCUGCGCCGCAGCAUCGCCGAGGCACUGGGUGGGGGACGCGGCAUCUUCCGUGGGGACACCGGGAACGGGGACACCGCCACCAAGAUCGGUGGCAUCGGCACAACCGUCAUCUUCCGCGGGGACACCGGGGUCGGCGCGACCAGCAUCGGGGACGCCGAGAUCGGCACAAACGGCAUCGGUGACACCGGGAUCGGUGGCAUCAGCACAACCGGCACCGGUGGCAUCAGCACAACCGACACCGGUGGCAUCGGCACCGGCGGCAUCGGCACAACCGGCACCGGCGGCAUCAGCACAACUGGCACCGGUGGCAUCAGCACAACCGACACCGGUGGCAUCGGCACCGGCGGCAUCGGCACAACCGGCACCGGCGGCAUCAGCACAACCGGCACCUGUGGCAUCAGCACCGGCGGCAUCGGCACAACCGGCACCGGUGGCAUCGGCACAACCGGCAUCAAUGACACCGGCACCGGGAUCGGUGGCGCCGACACAAGCGCGACGCGGGGUCUCGGUACCGCCUGUACAGCGGCGGUCGGCACAACCAGCGCAACGGGGGUCGGCACAACCGAUACACUGAGUCCUGGCACAACCGAUACACUGAGUCCUGGCACAACCGGCACACCGGGGAUCGGCACAACCAGCGUAACGGGGCUCGGUGUCACCGGCACGGCGGGGAUCGGCAAAACCGGCACACGGGGUCCCGGCACAACCACCGCACCGAGUGUCGGCGCGACCGGAGCAUCAGGGUUUGGCACAACCGGCACACCCAGGAUCAGCACCACCAGCUCACCGGGGCUCAGCACCACCAGCUCACCGGGUCCCGGCACCACCAGCUCACCGGGGCUCAGCACCACCAGCUCACCGGGUCCCGGCACAACCAGCACGGCAGGUUCUGGCACAACCAGCUCACCGGGUCCCGGCACAACCGGCACAUCCGAGCUCGGCACAACCAGCCCGGCAGCUCCCGGCACCACCGACUCCGCGGGUCCCGCCACCCCCGCCCCACCGAAUCGCGGCCGCCCCGCCCCCCCGGGGCCCGCCCCCCCGAGGUCCCCCCCGUUCCCGCAUCGCGUCACUUCCCGCACGGGGGGGUCCCCGCUGUCCCCAGGGGGUGGUCGCAGCCCCUCUCCGCAGGGACUGUCCCGAGGGGGUCCGGUGGCGGUGCCAAAGCGCAGCCCCCCCCCGUCACUGCGGCCGUCCCACAGCUGGACGGAAGGGGGCGGCCCCCGAACCCCCCCGGACCCCCAACCCCGCGGGGGGGCUGUUCCUGCUGUCUCCGAGCCCCCUGGCGACACCGGCACCGACCGCCGCAGCCUGGGCAGCGACACCAUUGACUUGUAGGGUGUCCCACACAGACGCCCCCGCGGAUGCUGUGGGGCCAGCGCUGUCCGGGGCGGGCAAUGGAGAGACACCCCCCCCCGGCCUCUGGGACCCCGGCCCACACCUGGCCAGGGACCCCCCAAAUGGGGAUACCCAGGGGAGCCCCCCCAGAUCCCUGCUGUGCUCUGGAGACCCCCCACACACUCCCCAGGCCCCCUCGGCUGCCCCCUCAGCUCCUGGGGACCCCCAAAUAUGGGUGAGAACUGGGGACCCUCCCGGAUACCUCCCCGGUCCCUGAGACCCCCCAAGUGCUGGUGACAACCUGAGGAUCCCCCCCAGUCACCCUCCAGGUCCCCGAGACCCCUAAAUACGGGUGACAACCUGCCGCCCCCCCCAACCACGCCCAGCUUGUGGAGACCCCUAAAUAUGGGUGGGAAAUUGGGGACCUCCCCAGCCACCCCUCUGGUCCUGAAGACCCCCAAAUAUGGGUGAGAACUUGGAGGAACCCCUCCCCAGACACCCCCUAGGUCCCUGGGACCCCCAAAUACGGGUGACAAGCUGGGGACCCCCUCAGUCACCCCCCAGGUCUCUGAGACCCCUAAAUACGAGUGACAACCUGCCCCUCUCCAGCGACCCCCAGGUCCCGGAGACCCCAAAUAUGGGUGAGAACUUGGGGACGCCCCCGGUAACCCCCCAGGGCCUCAAGACCCCAAAUACGGGUGACAACCUGUGACCCCCAUCCGUGAGACCCCCAAGUGCUGUCGAUAAUGUGGGGAACCCCCCCAGCCACCCCCCAGGUCUCUGAUACCCCAAAUAUGGGUGACAACCUGUGCCCCCCCCGCCAUGGCCCAGGGAACCCCCAGCCCCACAUCACUGCCCCCCCCCCCACCAUGUGAGCCCCCCAAACCCCCCUUGUGCCUCAGGGCCCCCCCCGAGCCCCUCCCCCCCCGUGUACCCAAUAAAGUGCCACAUGUGAAGGGUGUGAGUGUGA